GAAUUGGGACCUUGUGACGGCCAGGGAACUUGGAUGCGUGUCCGGGUGAUGUGACGCGUGUGGCCAGGACGCAUCCAGGGUUUUUAAAAACUUCAUUUUUUUAUCUGAUUUUAAUUGACGGUCCAGGAGACAGUAAUCGGCACAUUUGUGAAGUCUUGUACAGAUUUUUGUAUUUCAAAAUGGGACGCGGAGAAGGACGGGAGCAAUAUGAGCUCGCUGCUACUUCAGAGCAGGGAAGCAAGAAGGCCAAGGCCAAGAAGGAGAAAGAAAAGGACAUGGAUGAGCUGAAGAAAGAGGUGGACCUGGAUGAUCACAAGCUAACACUUGAUGAACUCAACCGCAAAUAUGCCACUGACUUGACCAGGGGUCUGACUUCCACUCGUGCAAAGGAGAUCCUUGCUCGUGAUGGUCUUAAUGCUCUGACUCCACCGCCCACCACCCCAGAGUGGGUGAAGUUCUGCAAGCAGCUCUUUGGUGGGUUCUCCACUCUGCUGUGGAUUGGAGCCAUCCUCUGCUUCCUGGCCUACGGUAUUCAGGCUGCCUCAGAAGAUGAACCAGCAAAUGAUAACUUGUACUUGGGUGUUGUGCUGUCUGCUGUUGUGAUCAUCACUGGAUGCUUCUCCUACUACCAGGAGGCUAAGAGCUCAAAGAUCAUGGACUCCUUCAAGAACCUAGUUCCUCAGCAAGCCCUUGUUGUACGUGAUGGUGAGAAGAUGAGCAUCAAUGCUGAGGAGGUGGUGGUUGGAGAUCUGGUGGAGGUGAAAGGUGGAGACAGAAUCCCUGCUGACCUGCGUAUCAUUUCCGCUCAUGGCUGCAAGGUGGACAACUCCUCCCUGACAGGAGAAUCUGAGCCUCAGACACGCACACCUGACUUCUCCAAUGAUAACCCCCUGGAAACUAGGAACAUUGCUUUCUUCUCCACCAAUUGUGUUGAAGGUACUGCUAGGGGUAUUGUCAUCAACACUGGUGAUCGCACAGUCAUGGGUCGUAUUGCCACCCUGGCUUCUGGCCUUGAAGUUGGCCGCACACCCAUCUCCAUUGAAAUUGAGCACUUCAUCCACAUCAUCACUGGCGUGGCUGUCUUCCUGGGUGUCUCGUUCUUCAUCCUCUCGCUCAUCCUUGGAUACACCUGGCUGGAGGCGGUCAUCUUCCUCAUCGGGAUCAUUGUUGCCAACGUGCCAGAAGGUCUCCUGGCUACAGUCACUGUGUGUCUCACCUUGACUGCCAAGCGCAUGGCCAAGAAGAACUGCCUGGUGAAGAACCUGGAAGCUGUGGAGACUCUGGGCUCUACCUCCACCAUCUGUUCUGACAAGACCGGAACUCUGACCCAGAACCGCAUGACUGUGGCCCACAUGUGGUUUGACAACCAGAUCCAUGAAGCCGACACCACGGAAAACCAGACUGGAACCUCUUUUGACCGCACAUCUGCCACCUGGACUGACUUGGCACGUGUGGCCGGCCUCUGCAAUCGCGCUGUCUUCCUGGCCGAUCAGGAGAAUGUCCCCAUUCUCAAGCGAGAUGUUGCUGGAGAUGCCUCUGAGUCUGCCUUGCUGAAGUGCAUUGAACUGUGUUGUGGCUCUGUGAAGGAGAUGAGGGAGAAGAACCAGAAGAUUGCUGAGAUCCCCUUCAAUUCCACCAACAAAUACCAGCUCUCCAUUCACCAGAACCCCAGUGGCGCGACCAAGCACCUGCUGGUGAUGAAGGGAGCCCCAGAGAGGAUCCUGGACCGCUGCUCAUCCAUCAUGAUCCAGGGCAACGAGCAGCCGCUGGAUGAAGAGCUGAAGGAAGCCUUCCAGAAUGCCUACCUGGAGCUGGGCGGUCUGGGCGAAAGAGUGCUCGGCUUCUGCCAUUUCAACCUGCCUGAUGACCAGUUCCCUGAGGAUUUCACCUUUGACUGUGAGGAGGUGAACUUCCCCACCGAGAAUCUGUGCUUCAUUGGCCUCAUGUCUAUGAUUGACCCUCCUCGUGCUGCUGUGCCCGAUGCUGUUGGCAAGUGCCGGAGUGCUGGAAUCAAGGUUAUCAUGGUGACUGGUGAUCAUCCCAUCACUGCUAAGGCCAUCGCCAAAGGUGUAGGCAUCAUUUCAGAGGGUAACGAGACCGUGGAAGAUAUUGCAGCUCGCCUGAACAUUCCCAUUACAGAAGUCAACCCAAGAGAUGCCAAGGCUUGUGUUGUCCAUGGCUCUGAACUGAAGGACAUGACGCCUGAAUUUCUGGAUGACAUCCUGAAGUACCACACUGAGAUUGUGUUUGCCAGAACCUCUCCACAGCAGAAACUCAUCAUUGUUGAGGGCUGCCAGCGACAGGGUGCCAUUGUGGCUGUGACAGGUGAUGGAGUCAAUGACUCUCCUGCCCUGAAGAAGGCUGACAUUGGUGUUGCUAUGGGUAUCGCCGGAUCUGAUGUCUCUAAGCAGGCUGCUGACAUGAUCCUUCUGGAUGACAACUUUGCCUCCAUCGUUACAGGAGUUGAGGAAGGUCGUCUGAUCUUCGACAACUUGAAGAAGUCCAUCGCCUACACUCUGACCAGUAACAUCCCUGAAAUCACACCUUUCCUUUUCUUCAUCAUCGCCAACAUCCCACUCCCUCUGGGCACAGUCACCAUCCUCUGUAUCGAUCUCGGAACAGACAUGGUUCCUGCUAUCUCCCUGGCAUACGAAAUGGCUGAAAGCGACAUCAUGAAGAGACAGCCCAGAAACCCAAAGACAGACAAGCUGGUGAACGAGAGGCUUAUCAGUAUGGCCUAUGGGCAGAUCGGUAUGAUCCAGGCCCUGGCAGGAUUCUUCACAUAUUUUGUAAUUUUGGCUGAAAACGGGUUCCUGCCCUCCACACUACUCGGAAUUCGAGUGAGGUGGGAUGACAAGUUCACUAAUGACCUGGAGGACAGUUAUGGACAGCAGUGGACCUAUGAACAGAGGAAGAUUGUGGAGUUCACCUGCCAUACAGCCUUCUUCUCCAGUAUUGUGGUCGUGCAAUGGGCCGAUUUGAUCAUCUGUAAGACCAGGAGAAACUCAGUCUUCCAACAGGGCAUGAAAAAUAAAAUCCUCAUCUUUGGCCUGUUUGAGGAGACAGCUUUGGCUGCCUUCUUGUCAUACUGCCCAGGCAUGGAUGUCGCCCUCAGAAUGUACCCACUCAAACCAAACUGGUGGUUCUGCGCCUUCCCAUAUUCACUCCUUAUCUUUAUUUAUGAUGAAAUCCGUAAACUUAUCCUGCGACGCAGCCCAGGAGGUUGGGUGGAAAGAGAGACCUACUACUAGAGUGCCCAGUCUGCAUCAUUCUGUUAUGACUUUGCAUGGUUGUCUUGCUGCUUGGAAAAAAAUUACAUUGGUAUAUUUGGAUAGAAUGCUCGAUGCAAACACUGAAAUCCUGAACCAAGACAUUGUGUGCCUUGUUUCUGAAGUUGGACCAAUUUUAUACAUGUUUUUAGAAGUGACAAAAAUAAAACCCAGUCAGGUCUCUUAUUUUGUGUCCUUUUUUGUUAGUUUAUUUGUUUUGUCGUGUUAUACUGCCUGUAUGUUUGCUUUAGUUUUAUUUAUAUUUAUUGAUGUUUUAAUUAUACCACACAAGCACUGUG